AUGAAGGUCCUCGCCGUCUCCGCUCUGCUGGCUCUGGCCAUGCCCGCUUUGGCCCAGGACGUCACCUCGCUGCCCCAGUGCGCGCAAACCACUGUCCUUCAGUCCAUCAGUUCCACCAACUGCGGUUUGACGGACAUCAAAUGUAUCUGCAACAACAGGAAUUUCGUUAAUAGCUUGUUGGAGAAGAUCCCCAAAGUCUGCAAUCCCGAAGAGGUUGCCAAGGCAUCCCAGGUUGCCGUUGAGCUGUGUGCUGCAUACGGAGCCACUUUGUCUCUUCCUGGUGUCGGCCCUAGCACCACUGCCGCCGCCUCUUCCCCUGCUGGCUCCUCUCCUGCCGCCACCACACCUGCGCCAUCGUCCACUGGCUCCGCCUCGCACGAUCACGGCCAUGGUUCUUCCCACGAUCACGGACCUUCUUCCCACGACCAUGGACCUUCUUCCCACGACCACGGCCCUUCUUCCCAUUCUCAUCCUUCUUCUGCUUCGCAUGCUCAUGGCUCUUCUUCCCACAUGCACUCCCAUGCCAUGCCCACUGGAACUAGCUCCAGACCCUCGGGCUCGGGUGCUUCUGCCACUGCCAGCGCCAGCCCCACGUUUACCGGCGCCGCCGUUGCAAACAAGGCCGGUCUUGGCAUUGCUGGCCUUAUGGCCCUUGUCGGCGUUGCAGCUUUGUAA